AUGUCGAAAGAACAAGUGUCAUUGGUGCUGCUGAAAAAGUUCGGUGAAACCCUGACAGAGGGAGCGCUGACUUGGUACUCACAAUUGCCAGCACAAUCAAUAUCAACGUUCGAAGAAGUAGCAGACAAAUUCGUCAUCGCUCAUGCAGGAGUGAAAAAGGCGGAAGCCAGGGUAAACGACAUCUUUGCCGUUAGACAGACGACGGAUGAGGGACUCAGGGACUUCCGAGCCAGAUUCAACGAGGUGAGAAUGAGCCUACCAAACGUAUCAGAGGGGAUGGCGGUAGCAGCCUUCCAAAACGAGUACAACAGGAAUGGGUCGAAAGCUACCAAAAAGUUGUUGAAUAUGCUCAUGAAAUACCCUCCCACCACUUGGGAAGAAAUCCACAACGCCUAUUGUGUCGAAGUAAGGGUAGACGAUGACGACCUCAAUGGUCCGAUCCAACGGCUGACAUUAGUCCAAACUGAAGUAAGGAAAGAUCGUCAAAACGAUGGCCGAAGGGAUCAACUACCCCGUCUCAGUCGGGAGAGACAUCAGCCUUGCAUUCAGACAUCCACCCUACCUCCUCCCCGACAUGCCACACCACAGCAAAUUGAAAGAGGUAUACCUCCACUAUUAUCUACUCAUAACUUUUGUGUUUCUUCUUUAGAAAUAGUGUAUGCACUAGAGAAGCUCGGCACAAAGGUGCAAUGGCUGCAAAAGAUAAAAUCCGACCCGAGCACCCAGAAAGCGAAUGUUCUGUGCGAAUUCCAUCAGGAAAGGGGGCAUAAGACCGAAGACUGCAUAGGCCUGCGGCAAGAAGUAGUAAGAAUGCUAAACCAAGGACACCUAAAAGAACUGUUGAGUGAUCGAGGGCGGGCUAAUUUUGCUCUAGGGCGUGAUCAACCUCAGGGACCCCCAAACCACCUUCACUCACUCAUACUAUACAAAUGA